AUGGAUAUCUGUUAUGUUGACACGCCCGUCAAUUUUCUUAAGUAUUAUAUAUUAUUGAAUUUUAUGAGUAGUAAGAGAAAAUGGCCUCGAAUGUAUUUACACUGAUGAGGAAUGAAAUAUUUCUCAUUCAUUAUCAUUUUAGUUCAUUAUUUCAUAGUUGGAAUGGCAUUGCAGUGUUACCAGUGUAAUAGUGAAACACACCGCAGAUGUCUCUCGGAAGAACGUCUCAUAGAUAAGUUUUUAGUCGAAUGUCCCCCAUCAAAAGUCAAUUAUUCCGGAUUGAAGCCAACGCCUUUCUGUUCCAAAAUCAACCAGUGGUUGUAUUUCACAAAAAGGAAGAGGGAAGCUGUGAUAAGAGGCUGCAAUUACUACCACAAAUUCAAAGAUAAGUGUGAAAUUCACAGUGACCGAGACUCAGCUGUGUCUGUAUGUUUGUGUGGAACUGACGGCUGUAAUUUCGGUAGCAGGAGCAGGCUUACUGCAAAAUUGUUGGGCUUGCAAUUUUUUUUAUAUUUAUUAUAUUUAAUAUAGUUUUCCAUUGUC